AUGGCUAGAACAAGAAAAAGUAAUAUACUAAAUUCUCAGAAGAAUUAUAGCGAAUCAAGUUUUUAUAGUUUAUUGAAUGGGAUGUUUUGUGUGAGUGGUAUAUAUUUUUUCUUUAUUAUUUUUGGUUAUUAUCAAGAAAAAAUGCCGAAUUUGGGAAAAGGAGAAGAAAAAUUUUAUUAUAAUAUUUUUUUGAUAUGUGUCUUAUGUUUAUCUAAUAGCAUAUGUAGCUUGGCAGCUAUAUUUAUUAAAAGUAAAUUGCGAGACAAAAAAUUUAUAAAUGAUUUGAAAAAUAAUGUAGAUACAUACUUUAUAAAACAAAUAAUGUUAAUAUCUAUUACAUAUUCAGUAGCAAUGAUAGCUACUAAUUAUUCUUUGAGUCAUGUUAAUUUCCCAACUCAAGUUCUUGUGAAAUCAGGAAAAAUGAUACCUAUAGUAGUUGGUGGGUAUUUAUUUUUUGGAAAAAAAUAUCCAUAUUAUGAUUAUAUUGCUGUUUUUUUAAUUACAUCAUCCCUAGUAUUAUUUAAUUUAUUAAAAACAAAAAGUGUAAAGGAAGUUCAUCAAACAACUUUUGGAAUUUUUCUUUUAUGCAUAUCGCUAUUUUGUGAUGGUUUGACUGGGCCAAGGCAAGAUAAGUUAUUAAGUAAAUAUAAUAUUAAUUCAUUUAAUUUAAUGUUUUAUGUGAAUAUGUUUGCAUUUCUUUUUAACUUAAUCGCAUCUUUAAUAAUUGAAGGUUCGAAACCUUACUAUUUUUUAAGCAAAUAUACGGAUUCUUACUAUUAUAUAUUAGCUUUUUCAUUAAGUGGAACAUUUGGCCAAUUCUUCGUUUUCUAUUCUCUUAAGUUAUAUGGUAGUCUAUAUACUAGUCUUUUUACUACUUUAAGAAAAGCAUUAAGUACAAUUGUUUCUGUAUAUUUAUUUGGUCACGUAUUAAAACCAAUACAGUGGUGCUGUAUUUUUGUUAUUUUUACUACUUUAAUUGUUCAAAAUUAUUUGAAGCAACAAUCAAAAAAGGUUCAAAAUAAAAGGAAAUAG